CUCCAUCACCACCACGAUCCAUUGGCACCUCUAGGUCCCUUGACGGGAAUCUCCCUCCCUUCUUUUGCAUCUUCCGACACUCUCCACUCCACCCGCCGCCAUGUUUCGCUCAUCCAUCGCCCGCGCUUCGAGGAGCUCGACCAUCGUCAUUCCGUCCGCCGCGACACGCACAGCUCUCCCCAGAGCUGCCCCGGUAGCUUGCCAGCUUCAGCAGUCCCGCCAGGCACACGCCAUCUCCAACCCGACGCUCGCCAAUAUUGAGAAGCGAUGGGAAGAUAUGCCCCCUCAGGAGCAGGCCGAUCUGUGGAUGACGCUUAGGGACCGCAUGAAGACUGACUGGAAGGAGUUGACCAUGCAAGAAAAGAAGGCUGCCUACUACAUUGCUUUUGGCCCCCACGGUCCCCGCCGACCCCCGCCUCCGGAUGAGGGCCGUAACGUCUUCCUCCUCUCCUCCGCAGUCAUUGCCGGUGCCAUUUCCAUCUUUGCCUUGACCCGUAUGUUUGCCAACCCUGUCCGACCCCGUACCAUGACAAAGGAAUGGCAGGAGGCUUCCGAGGAGUACUUGAAGUCUCAAGGAAGUGAGCCCAUUACUGGUUACAAGGGAAUGCUGGUCCAGAGCAAGUCUGAGAAGGACGUGCCGACUAACCAGAAGAUCAACGAUGAGUAAAUAACCUGAUUAGGUGCUUCACAGCAAGCAUACCAAUACCAAUACUAUAUUUUCCUUUGGUCAAAUUCCUGCUUGGUACUGUCUGUGUCACACAUCACACGAUCGAAAGCCAUCCGAGCGGCAGUCGCUAUCAUAAUAGUCCUCCCUGUAUCCAAUCUAGAGGCUUUCAAAGUUUAUAUGAUGAUUUCCA